AUGAAGUACAAGUCAUCUGGCAAGCAGCAACAGGGCUACACGCCAAUUCCUGAUCAACCCAAGGAUAAGGAAUCUCGUCCUUUGUCUGGCACAUCCAUAUAUAAGAUUAGACCAAGCUUCACACUCCUACCUCAGUUGCGUAAUGAAGAGAAGGAAUUUUUCGACCUUGUCAGAAGUGGAGAUGAGUAUUCUGUGCUAGAGUUCUUAAAGCGCUCACCCGACUUCAACGUCAACUGCCAGGACUACGAGAGCAACAGUCCCUUACACAUCGCUGUCUACAAUGAGGACGUCGAGAUGGUUGAGCUACUGCUGGCGAGGGGAGUACAAGUCAUGGACUGCCACCUGCAUGCCAUCAAGCUGGGCAACACGGCCAUCUUUUCACUACUGCUUGACAAGAUUGCAGAAAACGAUCCCACACUGGAGUUUCAAGGGUAUCUGAACUCUGCGGAGUUUAGCAGUGGGAUGACGCCUCUCAUCCUAGCUGCCCAACACGAACACUAUGAUAUCAUCAAACUGCUGCUCGACCGUGGACACAAGAUCAGUCCACCGCACAGGCCAGACUGUCUGUGCAAGAAGCAGUGUAGGUACAGCAAGAAGAAGGAAAGUCUGACAAACUCCCUGCGCCGCAUCAACACGUUUAGAGCGCUCGCUAGCUCUGCCUACAUCAGCCAGUGCUCCUACGACCCUAUACUGACUGCAUUCCAGCUCAGCCACGAACUGCAACAGUGUGCCGAAAUCGAGAAAGAAUUCACGCUGGAAUACCUCAGUCUUGCAGACAGGCUGCAGCAUUUCAGCGUCAGCUUGCUCGACUUGUGUCGCACGACAGACGAGGUGAAGCUGGUGCUCCGUCAGACUGCAGAUGGCACCACCUCUGCAUCCAAAUUUCCUCGCUUGACCUUCGCAAUAGAUACUAAGCAAAAAGAUUUCCUCGCACACCCAAAUUGUCAACAAGUGCUGUAUGCAAACUGGAUGGGAGAAUGGGGAGACUGGAAGGCAAUGAGCUUUGCACGUAAGACACUACGAGUUGUGCCACAGGUGAUGUUAAUGCCAGUAUUCACCUUCCUCUUUUGGGUUGCACCGAAGAGCAAGCUUGUCAGGUGGUGGCAGUCUCCCAUCAGCAAAUUCAUCAACUCGACUGUCAUGUACAUCGUCUUCCUGCUGCUGCUCUUUGCUGAGACGCAGCUCUACAAGAAUUUCCACACUAGAGGCCCGCCAAACACCGGCUUUGAAUGGCCUAUCAUGAUAUGGGUGAUGGGAUUCUUGUGGGAAGACUCAAAGCACCUCUACAGAGUCGGCUUCAGAAAGUACUUUGGUGACUGGUGGAACUGCUACAAUAUGACAAUGACAUUGUCAUUCAUUAUCAACUUUGCUGCCUGGCUUUGGUCAUAUCUGGAUGUCAAGUGGUGGGGUAACAAGUACCUUGAGCGCAAGUACUGGCAUGCCCACGAUGCCACGCUUAUUGGCGAAGGUAUGUUCGCGCUCUCCACAGUGCAGGCAUUCAGCAGGCUGCAAUACAUCUUUCAGAUCAACCAACACCUUGGCCCUCAGCAGAUCUCCCUGAGCCACAUGAUUCAGGAUAUUCUCAAGUUUCUGAGCCUCUUCUUCCUCGUGAUGAUUUCCUUCACGACGGGCCUCAACCGCCUCUACACAUACUACAGCGGCAUGGUCCGCAUCGAUCAAACAGGAUUAAAGAAGAUCCAGCUUGGCUCCUUCACCUCGUACGUGCCUUACGUCCACAAGUAUAGCUGCAACCUGCAGCACUUCACCUGA